AUGAGCAUUGACACUUCUGAACGUAUUGAGAAUAAAGUAAUAUCAGUCUUAGUUUUUGCUAACAAUAGACUGAAUCUUCUCAAAAGGUUGACUAUACCUUGUUCAGAACUGAUGACAGCUCUAAUUGGUGCGCGAUCAGUUAAGUUUGUAGCUAAACAGUUGGAAUUGCAAGUACCAGUUAUUGUGUGA